CCCUGCAUCUGGCAUCGAGGGAUGGAGAACCUUCUGGAUUGGGGUCCAAUUUAAUGCUUUGAAAAAGAUCAGUCCCCGUCUCUUCCCACAUGAGCUACUAGAGACAUGGAGCUACAGGAACAGCUCUCCAGCUGCUUGUUCUGUGCCAUACUCCUAGCAACAAUUCCCUUUUCAGAGAGUUUUGAAGUCAUCUCGUCCCCAGCUGUUACGGGGAUCAUCGGCCAGGAUGUGGUCUUACCCUGCCAGAUCUCCACCGGGACACAGCCGGACAAUAUGGAAGUGCAGUGGAAGAAAAUUAUUCAGACACAUAUAGAGAGUGUCUAUGAAUACAGAGCCCAAACAGGCCAGGAUGUGCCAGGACAGAAAUACCAGGGCCGGACUGUGCUGUUGAAGGAUGGAUUCACCUCUGGGAAUGUGUCUUUAAAACUGAAGAAUGUCCAACCAGCUGAUUGUGGAAUAUACAUCUGCAUUGUGAAGUCUAACGAGUGGAGUGAUGCUGCUGCAACCAAGCUUAAAAUUUCAGAAUUUAAAAAUGAUGAAAAACUGAGAGAUAAAGAAAAGAAGAAAGUACAAUUUUCCCUCCCAGAAACCCCUGAGAAGAGCAAAGAAACCGCCGAGGAGAACACUGAAUUUGAAAAAGGUGAAACCCUGGAAGAGAAAGAAAAGAAGAGAGAAAGAAGAAGAAGGUCUUUCCCGCCAGAAAUCUUUGAGAACAACACCGUAACCUGUGAGGACAACACUGAAAAAAUGGUUACGGCUAACUUAGCCCUACACAUCAUAGAAAUUAACAUCAUUGGGAUCGUCUUCAUUAUCUAUCUUUCAAGAAAGAGAAGGAGAGAUCCUGAAAGAGAGCCACUCAUCAGUGCAGAAGAAGGCAGUUAUGGACCCGGAGUUGAUGAGAGCCAGAGUCAGGGAAGACUCCAGAGAGAAAACAAUCAACUUCAAGCAGAACUGAGUAAGUGUGUGUCGAAUCUUUGA